AUGUUGCUGCUUCAGUGCAGAAAUCCAGUUGCUCUUCCAAAGCCAUGUAACUUGGUACCAAAUAUAAAAAUGGGGAUUUUCAUGUUUUUGCUGGGUCUGCUUGGUACCUCUGCUGCCAUGCCUUUCCAGAUGCCUAUGCCCCGAAUGCCUGGAUUUAGCAGUAAAAGUGAAGAGAUGAUGCGAUAUAAUCAAUUCAACUUUAUGAAUGGCCCACCUAUGAUGCAUAUGGGUCCAUAUGGAAAUGGUUUGCAAAUGCCUCCACACAUGCCUCCACACAUGCCUCCACCAUACCCUCCAUACCAUAUGCCCAUGUGGCCUCAGCCCGUACCCAAUGGAUGGAAUCAACCUCCAAUGCCCAAUUUCCCAAGCAAGACUGAUCAAACCCAGGAGACCGCCAAACCCAACCAGACAAAUCCACAAGAGCCACAACCACAAAGGCAGCCUUCAAAGGAACCACCAAAUGAAGCAGCACGGGCCAAAGACGAAGCCCAGCCACCUCAGCCAUUCCCACCAUUUGGCAAUGGGCUUUACCCCUAUCAACAACCACCAUGGCCAAUUCCACAGAGGGGACCACCACCAGCAUUUGGACGUCCAAAAUUCAGCAAUGAAGAAGGAAAUCCUUAUUAUGCAUAUUAUGGAUAUCAUGGCUUUGGUGGCCGUCCUUAUUAUUCGGAAGAGAUGUUUGAAGAUUAUGAGAAACCCAAAGAAAAAGAUCCUCCUAAACCAGAGGACCCACCCCCAGACGAACCACCUCCAGAGGCUGCCACUAACUCAACUGUGCCAGAGGCUAACUCCACUCAGUCAAUUCCUGGAGGGAAUCAAGGAGGAAAUGACACUACUCCAGUAGGGACCAGGGGCUCUGGGCCGAAUGCUGGGAACAACCCUACAGUUCAAAACGGUGUCUUCCCUCUCCCUAAAGUAAAUGUCUCAGGCCAAGGAGUAUCGAGAAACCAAAUUCCGUGGAGACCAAGUCAGCCAAAUAUUUACGAAAAUUAUCCUUAUCCAAAUAUGCGAAACUAUCCUUCAGAAAAACAAUGGCAAACCCCCGGUACCAUGGAGCCCAGACAGAACGGACCUGGCUACCAAAAUCCACAAGUACAAAGGGGUCCUCAGUGGAAUUCCUUUGAUUGGGACGGCAAACAAACUACUCGUCCAGGAAAUCCAACUUACCGCAAACCUUCCCCUCCUACUUCAAGAGUCAAUUAUCCCAACUCUGCAGGAAAUCCAGUAAAUUUUGGAAGAAAAUCGUCUGGGCCAAAUAAACCCUUUGUGGGAACCAAUCCGGCCUCAAAUAAACCCUUCGUGGGAACCAAUCCGGCCUCAAAUAAACCCUUCGUGGGAAUCAACCCUGCUCCAAAGAAACCCUUUAUGGGAACCAAUCAAGGCUUAAAUAAACCCUUCAUGGGAACCAAUCCGGCCUCAAAUAAACCCUUCAUGGGAAUCAAUCCAGGCCCAAAUAAACCCUUUGUGGGAACCAAUCAGGCCUUAAAUAAACCCUUCAUGGGAAUCAAUCCGGCCUCAAAUAAACCCUUUGUGGGAAUUAAUCAGGCCUCAAAUAAACCCUACAUGGGAACCAAUCCGGCCGCAAAUAAACCAUCUAUAGGAACCAAUGCAGCCUCAAAUAAACCAUUUGUGAGAACAACUGUGGCCUCAAAUAAACCAUCUGUGAGAAACAAUGCUGCCUCAAAUAAAUACCCUGUGGCCUCAGUGGGUCCUAAACAGGUUACUGAGAGCCACAACGUAAAAACUCAAAAUCCAAAGGAAAAGUCACUAGGUCAAAAAGAAAGAACAGUCACUCCUACAAAAGAUACAGCCAGCCCCUGGAGAAGUUCUCAACAAUAUGGAAUUAACAAACCAAAUUAUAAUUUGCCUCACCCUGAGGGUAGCAGGGUAAACCCAAAUUUUAAUUCUUUUGAUCAACAAGAAAACUCCUUCUUCUCACAAGAUUCCAGAAGAGUGUCAAGUCCCAAAAUACAAAUUCAAAACCAGAAUCGGCCCAAAGGAAUUGCUUUAGAGCCAAGAAGAACCCCAUUUGAAUCAGAAACUAAGAAGCCUGAACUAAAGCAUAGUACACACCAACCUGCCUACCCUAAGGAAAUCCCUUCUCCUAAAAGAGAACAUUUCCCUGCUGAAAGAAACUCCUGGAAUCACCAAGAAAUCUCCCCACCCCUAAAGGAAAAUCGAGGGAGGCAGAAAGAAAUUUUACCUUAUCCUUCCUAUGGCUCUAGAGGAAAUAUUUUUUACGAUGACUAUAACAAUCUUUUUAAUCCUAAUGAAAACUCACCAUACAUUACAAGCAAUACAUGGAAUGAGAGAGUUCGCUCUCCCAGUACUAUGGGGCAACCAGAAAAUCCACAGUACCCCAUGAAUUCUCUAGAUCAGAAGGAGACAGAGCAGUAUAAUGAAGAGGAUCCAAUUGAUCCAAAUGAAGAUGAAACUUUUCCAGGACAAAGUAAAUGGGGUGAUGAAGAGCUGAGCUUCAAAGGAAGCCCAACAGUUCGGCAGUAUGAAGGUGAAAAAUAUGCCUCAACUGUACCCAAGGACUAUCUUCCCUAUUCCUUAGGUAAUCCACAUAAGGAACUUUUUCCUUACAGUGACUUCUAUCCCUGGAACCCAAAUGAAAACUUUCCAAUAUAUACUCCAGGUCCUACUAUAGCGCCACCUGUGGACCCCGUAAAUUAUUAUAUUAACAAUGCCAUAGGACAAGAAGAAAGCGCUCUCUUUCCUUCAUGGACCUCCUGGGACUACGGGAAUCAAGCACAGAGACAGAAAGAAAGUGAACCAUAUAUCAAUGGAAAUGUCUGGGGUCAGUCAACAAAUUUACACAAAUCUAAAAUACCAAACCAGAAGAGGAACCAUCUUUAUUCCACUAACUCCCCCGCUGGACCUCCAAAAGAUCCAACAUGGCUUGAAGAUGACAAUUUGAACUAUGAUUUACCAGUUACUAGUUUAAGUCCACCAGAGAGAGAACAGUUGGCUUUCCCAGAUUUCAUUCCUCAAAGUUACCCAUCAGGCCAAAAUGAAGCACACUUAUUUCACCAAAGUCAGAGGGGUUCCUGCUGUAUUGGUGGCUCCACAGGACAUAAAGAAAACGUGCUGGCUCUACAAGACUACACUUCAUCCUAUGGUCUUGCACCAAGGGAGAACAAAGAAACCAGUCCUAUGUAUACAGAAGGUAGUUAUGCCAAGUAUGCAAGACCUAAUGUCUCCCCAACAAGCAUCCUAUCUAGUCAAAGAAACAUCUCAGAGAAUAAACUAACUGCAGAAAGUCCAAACCCAAGCCCUUUUGGAGACGGUGUACCUGCUCUGAGGAGGAACACGCCAUAUUCUGGAGAGAAUCAACUGGAUACAGGAAUUAUGGCCUUUCCUGAAGCUAGCUCUCCUCAGCCAAAAAAUAAGCCCUGUCCUAAAAGUGACCUUGGAGGAGAUCGGAAGGAUGUUCUGAAGCAAUUUUUUGAAGGCAGCCAGCUCAGUGAAAGGACUGCUGACCUUACUCCUGAGAAGCUCAUUAUUGAUGUCCCUGAGAAAGGCUCUGUUCCCGACAGCAUACAAAACAAAGUCCAAGGAAAUGAGGGUGAGAUGCAGCAGCAAAGACCACCUACCAUUCUUAAACUACCAUGUUUUGGCUCCAAAUUAGCAAAGUUUGACUCUUCAAGCACUGGACCUCCGACUAAUAAUGGAAGACAAAGCCUACUUAAUGGUGCUCUCUCUAUACCUACUGAAAAUCCUAACACUUCAGUUGGGUUAGCUACUGGGGAACAAUUUAAAAGUAUAAAUGUAGACCAACUGAAUGCAGACAAACACACUACAUUUGAAGCUUUCCAAGGAACCAGCCAAGAGGACCAAGCACAAGGCUGCUUACUGCUUCAGGCUUAG